UCCCGGUCCCCCAGCGAGCAGCAGCCAGAGGGGCCGCCCGGAUCCUCCGCACAUCCCUGCGCUCAUCCCCGGGCUCGCCAGGAUCCUCCCUCCCUCCUUCCCUCCCUCCUGCGAGCGCGUAUCCAGCUCCACAUCUUUGCUCAAGCCGGAGUGGAAGAGGAGAGGCGCACACAUCCCAAAAAAAAAAAAAAAAAAAAAAAAAAAAUCUACCACCCAAAAAAAAAAAAAAAAGAAAAAAAAAAAACCAACCCAACCCCACACUUAGCGGAAACUUGUCAAAGAAUGCUCCUAAAGUCUGGUUUUCUCCUGCUGCUGCUGAUCAGUGCAUCCGCAUCCUACGAAGCUGAGCAGAAUGACUCUGUGAGCCCCAGGAAAGCGCGGGUGGCAGCCCAGAACUCAGCCGAGGUGGUUCGGUGCCUGAACAGUGCCCUCCAGGUGGGCUGCGGCGCCUUCGCCUGCCUGGAGAACUCCACGUGCGACACGGACGGGAUGUACGACAUCUGCAAAUCCUUCCUCUACAGCGCUGCCAAGUUCGACACUCAGGGAAAAGCUUUCGUGAAGGAGAGCCUGAAGUGCAUCGCCAACGGGGUGACGUCCAAGGUGUUCCUGGCCAUCCGCAGGUGCUCCACGUUCCAGAGGAUGAUCUCCGAGGUGCAGGAGGAGUGCUACAGCAAGCUGGACAUGUGCGGCAUCGCCCGCCGCAACCCCGAGGCCAUCACCGAGGUGGUGCAGCUCCCAAACCACUUCUCCAACCGGUAUUACAACAAGCUGGUGCGGAGCCUGCUGGAGUGCGACGAGGACACGGUGAGCACCAUCAAGGAGAGCCUGAUGGAGAAGCUGGGGCCCAACAUGGCCAGCCUGUUCCACCUGCUGCAGAGCGACCACUGCGCCCAGGGCCACCCCCGCGCCGAGCUCCUGCGCAGGAGGCUCUCGGAGCCGCAGAAGCUGAAGCUGCUCCUCAGGAACCUGCGAGGUGAGGGCUCCGCGCCCGCCCACGCCAAGCGCGGCUCCGCCGAGCGCGCCUGAGCGGGCAGGGCAGGCCGAGCACGACCAAAGCUGAGGGCUCUAGGAGUGCUGCACCCAAAGCCGGUGGACUGUUGGUGUUUUAACCCCCAGGAGCUGGGUUUAGUUCCUUAGGGCUCGUUUAGUUAGUUCAUCUUUUCUGUUCCUCUCCAACAACACUUCUGCAUGGUCUGUGUUCGGUGUCGCGGCUUUCCCGCCAGCCAGACGGCUCUGUCUCUUCUCUUCCCCACAAAAAAAUCUGUUAUCCCAAAAAAUCUUAGUCAUUAGUAGAUCCCUACAGUGGUCGGGCCUUCAGGCACCAAACUCCCAACGUUUGGAGGCUGAGUUUUGUCCCAAACUGUUGUGCUGACACCACCCAGGCCUGGAGCUUCGGCGCCGAGGGGAGGAGCCGGUCCUCUCCUGCAGGUGACGAAAGAUGCACUAAAAACUCAUCCUAAAAACAUCCUAAAAACAUCCGUGGGAUUCAUGUCAUGAAUCUGUGCUGGCCACGGACGAACAUGGAUGUCACGUUCCUGGUCCUGCAGUGUCACCCUCAGUCCUAAUCCUUCCAGCAGAGUGCUGUGAACACGUUUAAGUCGGGAUUUACCAAACUCGCUGCAUGGCUUAGUCACCAGGAGCUGGCACCACGGUGCAAAAUGAGGUCAAACCACCCCACAAAGCCCAAGAGCAGGAGAGGCACAUGUUCUGCCGUGGAAAGAGGCUGUGGCUGGAGCUGGUCAGGAGGUCCCAUAACCGUGCGUUGUAUUUCAAAGCUCACAUCUCUGUACUGUAUUUAACUGCCUGAAGCUUUAAACCAAGCCUAACAGAAAGAAAGCCUGUCUUAAGAUUAGAGUAUUAAAGGCCUUGCUCUAACUGUGGUAU